AGGAAAAACAGAAGGAACUUCAAGGACACCAUAUCACGAACACCAGUGACCAAAGGACCACGCAAUGCUAAGGGAUAAGAGAAUGCCAGGCUCCUUUGCUCCGCAGACGUUCACAGCCCUUUCCGGUCUCCAUCCAAACCUGGCUAAUCUGAAAAUAAUCGGUAUAGUUAUUGGGAAAACAGAUGCCAAAGGCUUUCCAGACAGAAAAAAUAUUGGAUCAGAAAGAUACACCCUGAGUUUCACUAUGCGGGACUCACCAACCCACUUUGUGAAUGUGACCUCCUGGGGCAGUGAACAUUACAUCCGAGGCCUCUCUGACAGCUUCCGAGUUGGCGACUGCUUGAUCAUUGAAAAUCCACUGGUCCAAAGAAAGGAACUGGAGAGAGAAGAAAAAUUCAGCCCUGCAACUCCUAGCAACUGGAAACUGUUGCUCAGCGAGAGCCAUUCGACAGUCAGCGUCUGCACCAGUGACAAAGUGGACUCCAGCUUACUGGCCUUGAUACACGUGCCCGUGAAAGAGCCUCAUGACUAUUAUUCCCUGGGGGACAUUGUGGCCAAUGGACAAAACCUGGACGGGAGAGUCAUUAACGUGUUGGCAGCUGUAAGGGCGGUCGGAGAGCCGAAGUGUUUUACCACCGCCGACCGCAGGCGAGGCCAGCGCUGUGAGGUGAAGCUUUACGACGAGACAGAGGCUUCCUUCGCCAUGCUCUGCUGGGAUAAUGAAUCUAUUUUGCUUGCUCAGAGCUGGACGCCGAGAGAAACAGUGAUAUUUGCCUCUGAUCUAAGAAUAAGUUUUGACAAAUUUCGCAACUGUAUGACUGCAACUGUGAUUUCAAAAAGCAUCAUUACAACCAACCCAGAUACCCCAGAAGCUAACAUUCUACUGAACUUUGUAAGAAAAAAUACAGAAAAUGCUCAGGAUAGUGACUUUGACAGUUACCUGAAAGAAUCCAUAAACUUGAAUACAAUAGUCGAUGUGUACACAGUGAAGCAGUUAAAGGUGAGAGCUUUGAAGAAGGACGGGAAUGCAGACCCUGUCUACGGCAUCCUGUACGCUUACAUGUCAACACUGAGCAUCGAUGAUGAAACCACCAAAGCUGUGCGCAAUAGAUGUUUGGGCUGUGGUUAUAUCGUGAAUGAUGAAACCAAAGCCUGUUCCACUUGCAACAAGGACUCUUUGGCCUUUCCGUCAGCCUGUCCUAGCUUGGACCUUCUUGUCGACCUCACUGACCACACAGGCACCCUCCACUCAUGCAGCCUCGCCGGGAGCACCGCUGAGGAAACACUGGGUUGCACAGUCAACGAGUUUCUAGUGAUGACAGCAGAGCAUAAAACGGCCUUAAAGUGGCAAUUUCUUUUGGAAAGAAGCAAAAUUUAUUUUAAACUGGUUCUGUCACCGCGAGCGAGGGGUGGCUUCAGAAUUAGCGUGCUCUCCUGUAAGCUUGCCGAUCCGGUGGAGGCGAGCAGGAGCUUGUCUGGACAAGGAAGUACUUAGACGGCUAUUGUUUGAGACUUGGACAAAUAGAGUUUUAGCUCCCCUUAAAGUGGACUGUUGUUUGUAAAUCAAAGAUUUUGACCAGAUGUGCAAAACAUGUUUCUAGAAAGCACUGCUUGCUUCUGGAUGGAAUUGGCCUGAGGAGGAAGUCUCCACAGAGGCCACUCCGCCAGCUCCAGGGGAAAGUGUCUGAUGAAUAAACAAGCUCAUCUUCCCACAGAUGGGUGCUUUCUCCUCUGGA